UCAAAGUUCAAUUCCUUAUAUAUCCUAAAUCAAAUAUAGACACAGACUAUUUCUCAAUUAGCCUAACAUUAGAAUGGAUUUUCCAAGUCUUCCAAUUGUAUUCUAAGGAUAUAACAAACACACACAUUUUUCAACAAUAACCGCUGUUGUUAGACCUGCACUGUAGCAUUGCUUUUGGCUGAUACUACUGCUUUAGAUGUGGAUGCAUGUGGCAUUCCGGAAACUUUGAGAAAGAAUAUGUUUAGUUGUGCGUGUUGUUCAUACGAAUACCUGCCCUCUCAUUGGCUAGAAUGGUCCCACCUGAUCUUGCCUGUCUUCAUUCGUUGAGCACAUGUAUUUCCAUUGUUAGAGUGGUCACUCGGCUCUCUUGUCAAUAUAAAAAGUAAUCUUUGCUUUAGGGGAUGUGUAUGAGUGGGCUCGUCUUUAAAUGACACGCCUAGUUCCUGUUGAAAUUCUAAAGUUGAUUGGCUACGCUCUGUGAGGGUGGAUUCCACUGACGCAUUCCGUUUGGAACAAUAAAUAGAGCGAACAAGGCUCCUUCCAGUUCACAAGUCUGAGAAGACGCAUGAAGAAGUUCUUGCUUCAACAGUGAUUGAACGGAACUCAUCUGCCUUCGUCCCGCAUCAUAGAACAUUCCUGGUUGUUGACAUAGUACUUACUUGAACUGUAAUAGCAAAAUAGUCGAAUAAACUCUAUUUUUGUACCGUUCAUUUGGAUAUUAAAGAAAAUCUGCCAAAAUGGAGUCUCAGAUCCGCCAGAACUAUCACCACGAUUGCGAAGCUGCCAUCAACCGGAUGAUCAAUUUGGAGAUGUUUGCCUCCUACACCUACACUUCAAUGGCUUUCUAUUUCUCCCGUGACGAUGUGGCUCUGCCUGGCUUCGCGCAUUUCUUCAAGGAGAACAGCGACGAGGAGCGGGAGCACGCCGACAAGCUACUCUCCUUCCAGAACAAGAGAGGUGGACGCAUUUUACUCCAGGACAUCAAGAAGCCAGAACGUGAUGAGUGGGGCAAUGGGCUGGAGGCCAUGCAGUGUGCUCUGCAGCUGGAGAAGAAUGUGAACCAGGCCCUGCUGGACCUGCACAAGAUUGCCUCUGACAAGGUUGACCCCCAUCUGUGUGACUUUCUGGAGACCCAUUACCUGAAUGAGCAGGUGGAGGCCAUUAAGAAGCUGGGAGACCACAUCACCAACCUCACCAAGAUGGAUGCUGUCAAAAACAAGAUGGCAGAGUACCUGUUUGACAAGCACACCCUGGGAGGCCAGAGCUAAACCACUUCCAUCCCCAGGCUAUGUUCUCCAGCCUCAGACCAGGACUCCUGGCUUCUUUGAUAGAUCCUACUUGCUUUACAUUUAUAGG